AUGGAUCCUUUCACGAUAAUAACCGGGGCUAGCGGGCUCCUCAGUACUUUGCAAGGCAUCAUCAACGAAGCAAAAUCUUUCGUCGUGUCAUGGAAGGAUUGCCCCAAUGAGCUUAUAGAGUUGCGGGACGAGCUUCAAGCUCUCGAAACACUGUUGAAGGACAUAAAACCAAUCGCGGACCGUCUACGCAUUAGAAAUAGUCAUGACCGAAAUGCAACACAGCCUGCAGCAGUGGUGAAUCUACUAAAUCUCGCCGCCGAGAUAAAAAAGCUUCUCGAGCCAUACCAAGGCCCUGAAAAUCUCAGUAAGAUCUAUAAAAAACCAGAUAAAAAGCAACGGCUGGGAUGGAAGAGCACGAAGGACGACAUACAAAAUUUGAGGGAACGGAUCGCAGGUUGUUUGAAUGAACUCCAGCUGGCAAUGGCGGCAGAUACCAGUUCUGGCGUGAUGGACGCAAUCGAGAAACUUGAUAUUAUCAAGGAUGAGGGGAAUGCAGAAAUUGACAGAAAAAAGCGUGACGAAAUCUUAGACUGGCGCGAUCCUGGUGUUGGCAAAGCGUUCAUAAUGUCGAAUGUUGUCCAUCAUACAUCAGAAGAAUUUAUGGGGGAAGAUUUUGGCAUUGCCUACAUAAUCUCUAUACAAAAGGCUUUCCCCACCUUCGGAAAACCCAAUAUUUCGGAGCUGGUAAAAGCUCUCGUAGCAGUUAUGCGAGGGUUUUCCCGCGUGUGGUUGUUCUUUGACGCUCUAGAUGAAUGUCCAGAGGACAACCUGCGCGUAGUGUUGUCAAACCUGGAGAAGCAUUUUAAGAUACCAGAGGUUCAGAUAUUUGACACUAGUAGGCCUUACCUCUCGGAUGUCAAGGACACAUUUGCGGAUCAGACAAUUAUCGAAGUUUCGACGAGCACGAAAGAUAUUGAGAUAUUUGUGCAAAAUCAGAUGUCACAUUUCCCGUUCGAGGACUCAGAUGAGAGCCUCAAAUCCGAAAUUAUAGAUAAAGUUAUUGAAGAGUCCAGGAGCAUGUUUUUGAUAGCAAAAUAUCAGACCGAUCACACCCUCAAGGGUUCCCUAAGAAGGUUGAGGAAAAAUAAAACAAGUAUAUUCAACAGCAUGCCCAGAACUGUUAAUCAGUACUUUGAGACAUCUUUGAAGAGGAUAAAUGAGAGUGCUGACUCCACCAUGGCUUUGAACGCUUUGAUGUGGAUUUCAAACGCAACACGGCCCCUGCAUAUCGACGAAUUAAGCGCAGCAUUAGCUUUUAAGGAAGGAAUUUCUGUUCAAGAUGCAUAUGAUGCAGAAGAGACAGUUCAAGAGUACCUGAUAACCAAAACGGAUUGGACGAAGAAUGCGAACUUUCUCAUUGCAGAAACGUCUUUGAAAUAUAUCACCGGAUUUAAAGUCGAUUGUUUCCUGGACGAGAGUUCACUCAAUAUUCACCUUGAGAGGAACAUACUAUACGAAUAUGCCGCUAAGAACUGGGGAACCCACAUGAAAGGAAACAAAUACCUAAAUUCAAACGAUUGGAUGUACUGCCGAGCACCACUUUCCUAUGCGGCGGAGAGAGGGCACGAAGCUGUGGUCAAACUCUUACUUGAUACGGAGGGGAUUGACGUAAACUUAAAGAGUAUUUAUGGACAGACGCCACUCUCCUAUGCAACAGAGAAGGGAGAAGAAGCUGUUGUAAAGCUCUUACUUGCUACUGAGGGGGUUGAUGUGGAAACGAAGGACAUCGAUGGCCGGACGCCAUUGUCCUGGGCAGCAUGUGUGGGGAACGAAGCUGUGGUCAAGCUCCUACUUGCUGUUGAGGGAGUUGAUGUGGAAACGAGGAGUGACAAUGGCCGGACGCCAUUGUCCUGGGCAGCAACGUGGUGGCACGGAGCUGUGGUCAAGCUCCUGAUUGAAGCACGGGCCGAUGUGAACAUUAAGAGUGAUGAUGGCCGGACACCUCUUCUAUGGGCAGCAAUAAAGGGAAGAAGGCGGACUGUGGAGCUACUGGUCGAAUUAGAUAAAGUGGACCUAAAUAUCGAUACUACGUUAUGGUCUAAAACAUCAUCCCCAGACCUAGAGAUUAUGCAAAUCAUCCAGGCCGCCAAAGAAAAACAGUGCUCAUCAUCUAAAGUUCCGACACCAGAACCUACAUGUAUCAGGAACGAAUCCCUUACAGAGGCGACUGUGGCAUCUCCCCCGACCCUUCCAUCUCAGCAAAACCUUGCAUCUCUCUCCACCUUAUACCUUAGCAGUUUUGGAGGAAGAAACAUCUUUCUGGCGUUCUGGGUUAUUUCCUGUUUUUCCAUUCUUUGCUAUUUUCUUUUAUAG